AUGGUGUAUUGUGGGGUGUGGGAGCGCGGCGAGGAGGGCCCGCUGAGCGGCGACCUGGCGCACAUCGCGGCGAAGCUGCACACGCUCAAGGAGAUGCUCACUGUACGAGUUUUUGCACGUUAUGUUCUUACCCAUUUACGUAUUUGUUUGAAGGGCGAAUGCACGUGUGGUUUGGAAGAAGAAAAUAUAAGACUGCGGCAUCAAAAUGAAAUGAACGAGGUAGAAAUAAAUAAAUUGCAGCAGAGAGUGAUUGACUUGGAGGAGGCGCUUGAAGACAAGGAGAACGUUGAUAAGCGUUACCAGCAACAGAUACAAGAAAAGGAGUAUGAGCUAAACCGCAUCAGACAACAAAUAUAUAACCUGGACAAAGCUUCGCAAGAGGAAUCCUGCGAACGAUUGACUGCUGAGUUGAAGGAAGUUAAAGGGUUACUAGAUGAGAAAACAACAGAAUUGGCCAAAGUUCAGCGAACGUGUCAGCAACAUGAAGCAACAAUUGAUGAAUUGAAAGAAACGCUUGAAAACUCCAACCAUGUAGCCAAGGAUAGCUCGGUGCGCGAAGAGGUGAGCAGGCUGAGCGAGCAGGUGCGCUGCUGCCGCUCGCAGCUGCGCGAGAGCCGGCGGCGCCUGCGCGCGCUGCAGCGCGACCUGCGCGCCGCGAGGGAACACUGCGCGCUGCUCCUUGCGCACUGCAGGUUGGUUGCGCUCUUUCAAAUAAAUGUGGUAUUAAACGUUAUACUGAGUAUCACCUAA